CACAACAUGCUUUACCUUCAAUGAAAGCUGAGACGGGGGACGGACGGAUGCCUGCUGGUCCUGAAAUCCACUCAGACCUAGACCGAGAGCCUCGGUGUUUUCUGCGGAGGCGCAGCGUCUCACACCUUCUGCUAUUUAAAGUCAUUUAUUGACUGUUGCAUUUAUCAACUAUUUAUUGUAUUAUCAAAAGCAGACAUCCAGGAUAACCCAUCCUCUCGUUGCGCCUGGGACCGCGUGUUGGACCCCUCGGGUGAUGGUCUGUCCACUUGGAAGUAAGAGACACAUCUGGAGACGCGACAGGUUGUCCACGGCUUUCGUUUCCCCUUUGCUACCUUUCCUGUGACUCAGUUAUGGCUGUCUGCCCUCGCUUUGUGCUCGUGCUGCUGUACGGGGGGAGUUAUCUGUGCGCUGGAUACUGCGCGAUGCUGAAAUCGGACAAUUUCCCGCAGAGACGGAAGGUGGAUUUUACCCAUUCAGUGGAUAAAAAGCACACGGCGAAGGAAGAGCAGGACGCACGUUUACAGGAUACGAUGACGGAGCACAUGCAGAUGCUUUAUGCGAAGUACAACCGCGCUGGAUUCCCGUUCAGGGACGGGAACACGGUCCGCAGCUUCAAGGCGCACUGGGGAACUAUAAACAAGAAGGAGCUGCAGAUCUUUAACCUCACGUCCCUCACCAAGUCAGAAGAUGUCCUGUCAGCCACUCUUCAUUAUUACAUCACAGACCUCCAGAACCAGAGCUGCUCCAGGUCCAAAAGCUGUGCCCGGCAUGGCCCCCGAAGACACAGUCACAUCCACAUGGUCAUCUGGAGCUUCGCCUCUGUGGACAACAAGAUGAGAAGCCUGGGACACUUUCGGAUCAACGCCUCCACGCUCUCCAGAGACUUCAUCUCCUGGCAGUGGAAGGACAUAACUCAGGUGGUGAAUCAGGCCAAACACCACGACGAGCUCCUGAUUGGGAUUGACGUGGCCUCACAAGGGCCCCAGCCAUGGAAGAAGCUCCUGUCCGACCGCUCGCCCUACAUCCUGGUCUACGCCAACGACUCAGCCAUCUCCGAGCCGGAGAAUGUGGUUGCCUCUCUCCAGAGAAGCUACUCAGCAGGGCGGGGACCUUCAGCUUCACAUGGAUUCCACAAGCUUCGAGAGCAAAACCACACCAAGCAAGAACAGCUGAGGUCCAGACACAAGCGCUCGGUGAACGUUCUUCUCCCUCUGCAAAACAAUGAACUCCCUGGACCCGAGUAUCCCUAUGAGACGCCCGGCUGGGACGAGACCAGCCCGUAUGAGCCUUUAGGAACCAAGCAGCCUCGUCAUCCUCGGAAAAAGACGCGCAAGAAUCAGCGACAGCGGUUGCCUCUGCUGCAGUUUGACGAGCAGACAAUAAAAAAGGCGAGAAAGAAGCAGUGGAACGAGCCCAGGAACUGCGCCCGCAGAUACCUGAAAGUGGACUUUGCCGACAUCGGAUGGAGUGAAUGGAUUAUAUCGCCCAAGUCGUUCGAUGCUUACUACUGCUCAGGAUCCUGCCAGUUCCCCAUGCCAAAGGCUCUAAAGCCAUCGAACCACGCCACCAUCCAGAGCAUCGUCCGGGCUGUGGGCGUCGUCCCGGGCAUCCCCGAGCCGUGCUGCAUCCCCGAGAAGAUGUCCUCCCUCAGCAUCCUCUUCUUCGACGAGGACAAGAACGUGGUGCUGAAGGUCUACCCCAACAUGACCGUGGAUUCCUGUGCCUGUCGAUAGUUCCUCGCUUGCUCCGCGCCUGUUCGAACCUCAAACCACCCGGAAAACCCCCACAUGAGAAACAGUUUAGUCACUGAACACAGCUUCCCUUUUGCACUGGAGGAGAGCGCCUCCUGUUGGUGAGGAGGAAAUGGGUUUCAUUGACGGAUGCUGAGAACAAACUGUCCAUCAGAUCUUCUCACAUCAGCAUCUCUGUGGCCUGUUGGACACAAACCAGCCACCCGAGGCUUGUUGGAGACGAAACAAACCUCAGCUUGAACUGAUGCCUUCCACGCGUUACCACAAAGCCACCUCUGCUCACGUGUGCAUGGUUUUUGCUACUUCCUGUAUUUAUGUUGGUACCUUCACUGAGUUAUGUUCACAUAUAUUCAUUAUUGGCUUGGCUGCUAUAUUAGAGUCCAAAGCCAGGACUACGUAGAUGAUAGAUUAAUCCCGGCUCCACUCACUCUUUACUUUAGGCGUUUAUUAUUUCAGGAGAGUGAGCUAUGUGUUGUUUUAUGUUCGCUGGUGUUGAAUGUGCAGCAUGGAGCCACAGAUAUGAAACUAAAACGCCUGAAAACAGCUGCACCUGUAUCAGGAUCCGAUGGCUCCAGGUCAGCGGGGCCGGUAUCGGAGCACUUCACAGGGACACCUCAGCUCCUCCGGAAAGGUGAACACUCAUCUGACCUGCUCGGAGCUCCGGGAAUAAACCGAAUUUAGAAAUCGAGUUUAAUUCUGCCCAGACUGACCAGUUAACUGGUCACUCUGAGCCAGAGAGGGCUUCUGUCUCGCUAACCGUUUACACACUGUUAACUCAUUUUAGUUCAAGUCGAAUACUAUUAAAUAAAUGGAAACCUGAUGCUCCUCCACCGAAGAACAGCGAGCUCGUACAAUGUCAGCUCCACUGACGUUUGAGACCCUCGAUCUCAUCGAAACCAUUUAUGGUUUAAAUCCAAACUAAAUCAAUUCUAAAAGACGUUUGAGUCAAAAGUCAAAUUUUAUUAUACUCCAUUAUUUUUUCUCUUUUAUACUCAUUUACAGUUUAUUGUCACCCUUGUUGCUUCAGGUGCAAAGGACGAAAGAUGUGCUAGCACUGUUAGCACGUCACAACGCUGUUCUUCCACCUGGAGGGUCACCGGUCCCGUAUUCCUAUAUCCUGUUUUGUUUUUUACGACGCUGCUGCGACAUUUUCCAGGCUUCGCGGUAGUGAUCCACUUUGGCUCGUUUGUUCAGCCUGGACUAAUCCCUGUUUUUCCAAACUGAGGUUGUUCGCAGAAGCAAAAAGAUCUGAAGUGAAUGUUCGAUGCUUCUGGGCUGGUCUUAAAAACCUGGAAAACCUCAGCAUGAGUGGAGUUUCAUCGCCACCACACUCAGUAUUUAUUCAGAUAAACCAAACUGGUGUUUUUCUGUCUACGUGGUUUUGUAAAUAACUGAUAGGAGCGCUUUGUGAAUGACGGAAUUUCUUUGUUUGGAUUGGAUUUGGAGUGACUCAAGACUUUUGGAGCGAGAUUUCUUCAGACGGUUUUUGUGGCUGGGGACCGCGGUGGUUUAAUGUCUGGUCGCUCAUGUAGAAACAAUUUUAUGUUGUUCACUAGCGGGCAAAUUGUUUAACUUAAUACUUUUGUUAUAGACACUUUUUCAUUGGACGCCUCUUUGCUUUAGAGGACUUUACCAACGAGUUCGACAGGAAGGGUCUUCUGCAGGUGGGAAUCAGCUCAUUCAUCCUCACCAUCUUGUAAAUGUUUGAUUUAAAAAGAAAUGCUUGUACAAUAAGCUUCAUAAAGUAUAUUUGUAUAUGGAAAAGACACAUCUAUUUAUUUACUGUAUGUAGCAUAUCCUGCGUAGGCGCGAUGGGGAAGGGGAGCUGGUGGUCGUUCCACCUUUGGACGGACAUUUGUCACUACUGAUGUGAAGGAGCCCAAAGGGUCUCCCUCCUCUGAGCUCCUCUUUCCAGAGUGGAAGGAAUAAAUAAAAUAUACGAGACAGGUUUGUCA